AUGGAUGACUAUCUCGACCCCGAGUGGCCACCAGGGACCGUAAGACUACAGCAACUCCUUCACAGCGAGACGUCAGGAAAGUCCAGCGAGCUCAUACUCCAGCCUCGCCCGACAGAUGACCCCAAUGAUCCCCUCAACUGGCCGACAUGGCAGAAAAGUCUCAAUUUCUUUCUAGCGGCGUUCUACGCCAUGAUGGUCUAUGCCUUCGUCAAUGCCACUUCGCCAACAUGGGGUCCAAUGGGCACCGAACUCAACUUCUCGACGGAGACGCUCACGAAUACGUACGCGAUCGGCUGCGCAACUCUUGCUCUCGGAGCACCAAUGCUUAUACCAUUCGCAUUGAAGUACGGCUCUCGGCCAGUGUAUGUCUUGAGCAGUAUCGCUCAGUUCGCCAUCUCUAUCUGGGCUGCGAAGACGAUGACAGCGGGUGACUGGUGGGGUGUCAACGCUUUGCAAUGCUGGCUGGGUGCUCUCUGUGAGGUCUUGAUUCAGAUGACGAUUGCCGAUGUCUUUUUCGUCCAUCAGCGCGGACUGAUGAACUCGAUAUACAUCUGGGUGCUUAACGUGGGUCAGAAUUUGGCCGUCGUGGCUUCUGGUUUCAUUACGCAAAAUCAGAACUGGCGGUGGGUAUGGUGGUGGUGUGCCAUAUUCUUCGGUUUGCAGAUUGUCAUGUUCGCGUUCGGCUUUGAGGAGACGAAGUAUACUGGCCAUCUACAUGAGACACUCGAGGCUCGACAGGGCAGUAUCACGACCAUUUCGGCGGCUACAGGGAAGCGUCUGGAGGCCGACAGUGAUAUAAAAGCAUCGUCGAUGGACGAAAAGACUAUGCCUGAGAAAGAGAUGCAUUUCCCACCUUCCGACAAAGAGCUGCCAACCACUCCAACACAAGACGAGACUGAAGCAGAAGUCGCGCAUAGGAUGAGCGUCAUCCACCUCGAUCCCAACAAGAAACGCAAAACAUACUGGCAGCGGCUGUCUCUGUUCAAAACCACACCAGGCCCGUGGUCUCAUUUCCUGCGACAUUCAUGGCAACCAUUCAUGAUAUUGGUGUCCAUCCCAGGUGUGUUGUUCUGUUCACUCACCUAUGCCGUCCUCUUGGCCUGGUCAACGGUCAUGACUACCGCAGUAUCGACUUAUAUGCUCGAGCCUCCAUACAACUUCACGGCCGCACAAAUCGGACUCAUGAGUUUGGGACCUUUUAUCGGCAGCACACUUGGGGCUCUGAUCGUCGGGCCAGUGAGUGAUUACGUUGCAUUGCGGUUGGCGAGGCGUAACAAUGGCAUCUACGAGCCAGAAAUGAGGUUCUGGGUCUUCAUCCCUUUCAUUCCUUUUCAGCUCGCUGGAGCGUGGUGGUUCGGUUAUGGCCUUGCCGAUGGAGCGUCAUGGCCUCAAGUGGCUGUCGCGUAUGGUGUCUGCAAUUUUGGCUCUGCACCGCUCCAGGCUAUCGCCUUGACGUAUAUGCUAGAUGCAUACAAUGAUAUCAUCGGCGAUGCUUUGACUGGUCUGACAGUACUACGUAACACCUUUAGCACAAUCUUCGUCUUCGCAAUGCCGGCUUGGGCGGCCGCAGUAGGCAUUCCGAAUGUGUUCAACACGAUAGGAGCGAUCGGCUGCCUCGUCCUCUCCUUCGCAGUUUACUUCAUCUGGAAAGGAAAGCAGCUGCGGGUACGAACGGCGAAGGUGUAUAGAUACUAUGCAAUGAGGCAGUUCGAAGCAAGGCCGAUAUGA